AAAUGAUUUAUAUUUGGUGAUAAGCAUCAAAUAUAUAGAAAAUUAAUAAAUAUGACUAUAACUUGUAAUAAAAUUUGAGCUAAUUCACUGAUUUAAUUAUUGCUCAUUUUUAUCUACUUUAAAUAUGUGUACAUAAUGGCAGAAAAAUUUAGAUCAUUAAUCAAGCUUGUAACUAAUAGAAUAAAUAAACACCAAUUGUUUAAUAAUGCAACUACAAGGAUCAAUACUGCCACAGGAAGGGUACAAGAAAAAUUUAAUAAUGUACAAAAUGCUGUUGCUGCAAAAUAUGAUGUUGUUUCAAAGCAAAUCAAUAAAGAUAUAACUUUAAUGCAAAAUUUGAAUGCACCACAAUUAGAACCAAGUUCAUUACCAAAGAAAGUGUUAAAAUGGUGGCAAUGGUAUCAACAAUUAACAGGUUUAGAUACAGUUGAAUUAGCCAAGCAACAAGUAAUUACGGCUCAAGACAAAUUGUUCAAGUGUCAGGAUGAUAGAAGACAUCUUAAUCGUCAAGCAACACUAAUAAAUAAUAAAUUAAAAGAAGUAUAUUCUGAACUCAUUCAAACUAAACGGGAUGAUCCAAAAUAUGUGCAGUUAACAAUAAUAGAAAACAAAAGUCUUCAAGAUCAAGCAAAAAUUGUAUCACAGCUUGAUUUAUUAGAAAAAGAAGAAAAAGAUCAUUUUACAUUAUUAGCAACUGCUAUCAAAGAAUAUCAUGAUAGUCAAACAAUGAAUGCACAGAAGUAUAAAUACCUGUCUAUUCUUGCAUCUGCUGUAUUAGCAAUUAUAUCAUUGAUUGGUUCAAUGACAUAUAAUUAUAGUAAAAUAGUAAGUAUUCGAAAUGUCAUAGCUGAAGCACAACAAAGAAAUGAAAGUGUAGUUGAAAAUAAUUUAAAUUCGCUAGAAAAUAAUAUGAAUAGAUUAUUUUCUGAAGUUAUUAAAAGAUUAGAUAAUAACAAUAGCAAUGAACAAAAAAUAAAUGUAGUUACUAAAGAAUUAAAUUCAAAUAGUUUAAAAGAAAUGCAAGCAACUUAUAUUGUAUUAGGGCUGUGCUUUGUUGGUUUGUAUACAAUAGCUAAAAUGCUGAUAGGUUAAAGAUUAAUGUCAGUUAUUAAUGGUUUUCAAGUAUUUUACUUAUUUAUGUCUAUAUGCUUUGUAAAUAAAUGUACAUUGAAGUAAAAAGGUAUUAAUAUAUGCUUACAAAGUUCCA